UGAAGGGAGGAGACGGACGCGCAGGCACCACGCGCAGCAGACCUCGGGGGCCGCAGACACUGGGACGACACAGACGCAGGGACAGAGACACACGCAGGGACAGGGACGGACAAUGGCGAGGCGGGUGCUCGUGUACGGCGGGCGAGGCGCUCUGGGCGCGGAGUGCGUGAAGAUCUUCAAGGCGAGGCAAUGGUGGGUGGCAUCUGUUGACCUGGUGGCCAAUGAUGCUGCGGACGCCAACGUUUUGGUCAAGCCCAGCGACUCCUUAGCUGAGCAAGCCGAGCAGGUGGCAGGUGAGGUGGCCGCUCUGCUGGGAGAUAACAAACUCGACGCUCUGCUCUGUGUGGCUGGGGGCUGGGCUGGGGGAAGUGCCAAGUCCAAGGCGAUGGCUAAGAACACGGAGCUGAUGUUGAAGCAGAGUGUGUGGACGUCGACCAUUGCCGCUCAGCUCGCGGCCAAACACUUGGGGGAAUCCGGGCUCCUUCAGCUCACGGGAGCCAGCGCCUCCCUGGGACCUACGUCUGGUAUGAUGGGCUACGGGCUGGCAAAGGCGGCCGUACAUCAGUUGACCACCAGCCUGGCGGCCGACGGAAGCGGCCUUCCUACCGGGGCCUCCGUGCUGGCCAUACUCCCGGUUACCCUGGACACGCCGAUGAACAGGAAGUCCAUGCCCAACGCCGACACGGGCACGUGGACCCCGCUGGGCUUCGUGGCCGAGACACUGCUGAAGUGGGCUGGUGGGGAGGGGCGGCCUGCGUCGGGGAGCCUGGUGCAGCUGCUGACCGAGUCUGGAAAUACGCAGCUGCUAACAGUACAGCGCUGAAUGCACACGCACAGACACCAAGACACACUUACACCGGGACACACAAACCGACACAUUCACACGUGGAGAAAAAUGCACGCAUCCACUCGCACACACAACUGCGUCCAACUCAGCCUCACAAGAACCAAAGUUAACGUGACCCUAAUGACCCCACCAAUGACCUAACACUGUACGUCACGGCCCAGUGCACAUGCGAAACACAUGACUGUGUACAAACCACUGGAUAACCCAUGACUGGCGUCAAAGUGUACAGUUUUGAUGUGACCUUGUCGAACAUGUGAUUAAGCGAUUGAAAUGUGAUGCUUUUUGUGAGAUGUAUUUUGAACAAUAAAUGUCGCAAAACAGUUCAA